AAAGAGGUUCACGAUUACGCGAAAUAUCUUGGGAUGGAUCCUAUCAACGACAAGAAGUUCCUCUGGAUUGCUGUAGAAGCGAUGACGGCGAAAUUGCCGGAGAAUUGGAAAGAGUUUUUCACAGCAGACGGUCAAUCUUACUUCUAUAAUGAUUCACAGAAGAAGACACAAUGGGAGCACCCGAUGGACGAUUAUUACAGGAAGAUGUUU